CAAUUAGCUGUAAAAGGAAAACAUAAGACGGUUGUCCUGUUCGUAAAUGGAUUAAAAUAUUAGGGUGUCGUAAAAUUCGUUUGAGUAUUGCAAUUUUGUGAUAUCUAGUUUGCAAAAACCAUGAGUGAAUUAAGGCAUAGGCGCGGUGAAGGUGAUGGGAAUGACAAAGUGGAAACCGCCGGUGAAUCGGAUCAUGUAGAUGUGGAUUCAGAAGAAGAAAAGGUAUUAGAGGAGAAGUAUGUGGAUGAACUAGCGAAGACUCUACCUCAGGGUACAGACAAAACACCUGAAAUCUUAGAUUCAGCUCUUUCUGGAUUAUCUUCACGAUGGAGGAACUGGGUGAUCCGUGGCAUCUUCACCUGGUUGAUGAUUGGAGCCUUUUGUUUGCUGAUCUACGGAGGACCACUGGCCCUAAUGAUUACUGUUCUCUGUGUGCAAGUGAAAUGCUUCGAAGAGAUCAUCAACAUUGGCUAUGCUGUGUACCGAGUCCAUGGCCUGCCCUGGUUCCGAUCUCUCUCCUGGUACUUUUUGCUUACAUCCAACUACUUCUUCUAUGGAGAAAACCUCAUUGACUACUUUGGAGUGGUGAUUAAUAGAACUGACUACCUGCACUUCUUGGUGACAUACCACCGGUUCAUCUCGUUCAGCCUGUACUGCGUGGGCUUCGUGUGGUUCGUGCUGUCGCUGGUGAAGCGUUACUAUAUGCGCCAGUUCAGCCUGUUCGCCUGGACACACGUCGCUCUGCUCAUCGUCGUCACACAGAGCUAUCUCAUCAUACAGAACAUCUUUGAGGGCUUAAUCUGGUUCAUUGUGCCGGUCUCGAUGAUAAUCUGUAACGAUGUAAUGGCGUACGUUUUCGGCUUCUUUUUCGGCAAGACGCCGCUCAUCAAGCUCAGCCCCAAGAAGACAUGGGAGGGAUUCAUCGGAGGUGGUUUCUCUACCGUCAUCUUUGGUCUUGUGUUGUCGUACCUGAUGUCUCAAUACCCUUACUUGGUAUGUCCUAUCGAGUACUCGGAGUCUCUGGGCCGCAUGACGAUGGACUGUGAACCCUCCUUGCUGUUCCGUCUGCAGGAGUACACGCCUCCACACUUCCUGCAGCCUCUCAUGAAACUGACUGGCAGAGAAAAGAUCAACAUAUACCCGUUCAUGAUCCACUCCCUGGCGCUCAGCAUCUUCAGCUCCGUCAUCGGACCCUUCGGUGGAUUCUUCGCUUCUGGAUUCAAACGCGCUUUCAAGAUCAAGGACUUUGGCGAUGUGAUUCCUGGACACGGCGGCAUCAUGGACCGCUUCGACUGUCAGUUCCUGAUGGCCACCUUCGUCAACGUCUACAUCACCAGCUUCAUCCGCACCGCCACUCCGCAGAAACUGCUGCAGCAGGUUUAUAAUCUGAAGCCGGAACAACAGCUGCAGUUGUUCUACGCACUCAAGGAGUCCUUGGAGAACCGCAAUAUACUCAAUAUGGUGCCCUAAGCUCGCCGCACACCGCAAACCGCAAACUGCACACCGCAAACCGCAAACUGCACACCGC